ACUCAUAUCCUUGGAGGGUAAAGUUGUUAAAUGGUCCACAAACCAUGAUCCAAUCCCACUACAAUUUUAUUUAAAAAAAAAUAGGACCAUUGAUUUUGAUCUCUCUUAAAUAUCAAUAAUAAGGUGAGAAAGAUAUAGGAAAAAAGAAAGAAAAAGAGAGAAAAGUGGAAGAAGUCUUGAAAUUGAAGGCCACAUAUAAUUACAGCAAACCCAAAAUCUCUCCUUUCUCUUUCUCUCUCUUCCCCCAAAUCAUCUGAAAAAUACCCAUUUCAUCUCAUCAACAAAGCUAGCUUUUUGAAUCAUACCCAGAUCAAAUCGACCCCCAAAAUCAUUAAUUUCGCCCAGAAAAUUCAAAAUCAAAAUCAAUUCAAACUCAUAUAAUCUAUUUGAAUAAUGUCGUGUUCAUCAUCUUCUGGGUCAGAGGAAGAUGAGGAGGAGUUCGAUUCAUAUAGAAAAGGAGGUUAUCAUGCGGUGAGAGUUGGUGAUUCCUUUAAUGGCGGACGUUACAUUGCUCAGAGAAAAUUGGGGUGGGGUCAAUUUUCUACUGUUUGGCUUGCUUAUGACACUCGGAAUUCCGGUUUUGUGGCUUUGAAGAUACAGAAAAGUGCAAUGCAGUUUGCUCAGGCUGCUCUUCAUGAAAUUGAAGUCCUUUCAGCAAUUGCUGAUGGAGACCAGACUCAGUCUAAGUAUGUUGUUCGAUUGAUCGAUCACUUUAAGCAUACAGGCCCUAAUGGGCAGCAUCUGUGCAUGGUUCUUGAAUUUCUUGGGGAUAGCUUGCUCCGUUUAAUUAGAUACAAUCAUCACAAAGGUAUGGAUUUGGACAAAGUUAGGGAAAUCUGCAAAUGUGUUUUGAUGGGCUUGGAUUAUUUGCAUCGGGAAUGUAAUAUAAUCCACACAGACUUAAAGCCAGAAAAUAUUCUUCUUGUCUCUCCCAUUGAUCCAUCUAAAGAUCCAAUAAAGUCUGGAUUUACCCCAAUUCUUGAGAAGCCUGAAGGAGGAAACCAAAAUGGUGGAGGAGCGUCAAUGAGUUUGAUCGAGAAAAAGCUUAAGAGGAGGGCAAAGAUGGCAGUGGCCAGGAUAUCUGAGAGAAGGGCCUCCAUGGGUAUGCAACAGCGCCCAAAACCUCAGAGAUCACUAGAAGGGAUUGAUUUGAAGUGCAAAGUUGUAGACUUUGGAAAUGCUUGUUGGGCUGAUCGACAGUUCAUGGAAGAAAUACAGACAAGGCAGUAUAGAGCUCCUGAAGUUAUUAUCCGAUCAGGCUAUACCGCAUCUGCCGACUUGUGGUCAUUUGCUUGUACAGCUUUUGAGCUUGCUACAGGGGACAUGUUGUUUACCCCUAAGGGGGGACAAGGAUUUACAGAUGAUGAGGAUCAUCUUGCCCUGAUGAUGGAACUGCUGGGAAAGAUGCCUAAGAAGAUAGCCAAUGGAGGAGCACGUUCUAAAGAUUUUUUUGAUAGAUAUGGGGAUCUUAAGAGGAUCAGAAGACUCAAAUACUGGUCGCUUGAUCGAUUGCUUGUCGAUAAGUAUAAAUUCUCGGAAGAAGAUGCUCGUGACUUUGCUGAUUUUCUGUGCCCCAUAUUUGAUUUUGCUCCUGAGAAACGGCCGACUGCCCAACAGUGCCUGCAACACCCUUGGCUUAACCCGAAACUGACUUCUAACGAUAAUUCUAAUGAUAAAAAAUUAGCUGUUGGGAUGAAGAGCCUUCAAAUUUAGAUAGCUAAUGAAGAAAAGACCACAUUUACAUGUUAUCUGCAAAGUUCCCAUCUCUCUUCUUGCUUCCUGCACAGUGAAGAAAUUACCCCACGAUUUGAUUUCGGUUUUUUGCCUUAGCUACAAUAAGGUUACAAGAAUUUCUAUAACCCCUCAUUCCCCCCCUCUAGAGGGUUAUAUAUAUUUCUCAUUAUACCUGAUGUAAUAUAUAAUGAUUGAAUUUUUUUGGAGAUGAUGUAAUGUUAUAGCAAGAAUUUUGGUCGAAGUUUGUUUAUUAGUUUGUAAGGGUGUAAAUCAGGGUUUUUUCUGUGAAUGUGGAAAAUGCUGUUCUCUCAUUGUGUA